CAGAACUUCGCGAACCACAGUUCCUCGUAGCGAGCGACCGCUUUCACCCUGGCCAGUAGCUGCAAUGCAACUGAAGCGACCAUUGAUCGUGAACCUCCACGCUCAUGCCUCUUCUCUUGAUGUAAAAAUAUGAGCAGAAAGUCAUUGACGUGUCUUGUCGGGGCUGGGACGGGACUUGGGGCUGGGUCGUUGACUUCCAGCAGGACAUCCCGCCCGACAUCUUCGCCCGCCGCGCUACCUGAGCCUACCCUGGCCCACCUUCAAACCUACGUUGCGAUCAUAACUGCCAUGAACUAUCUUGUUGCGCAAAAACCAGUUCUUAGCCUCCACCUGGCGUCGAGCCACCUUCCGCGUUACUGGGUGCUCACUCCAUCGCGAAGCGGUACUGCAGGCCGGUCUUCUCGCUGCUGUGCCACAGCCAUCGAAUUGAUGCGUUAAUUCUAUACUGGAAAUUAAGGGUUCGUCAAGUAGUACACACUACGGCCGUGUUGAACUACCACGACUAGUUCUUUGACCUUGUGGUGGCGCUUAAGUGCCUCUACCACUACUUACUGGGUGCGACCACACCUACUGUGUUAACACUGUCACAUAUAUAUCCACGAUGGCGAGGUCUCGACCGUCGGCAACUUGCUGCACGGCGUUGCUACUCGCUCUGCUCGUGUGCAGCGCAGCCCUGGCGACCGCAGCCAAGGACAAGGCUAACAAGCCCGGCAAGGGCCCUAAGCCGUCAAAGCCCGGCAAGGGCGGUUGCAAGAACAAGAGCUGCCCGCGCGAGGGCACUGUGUGCAAGGACACACCUAACAAGAAGCCCGGCUACCAGUGCGUGUGCGCUCCCGGUUGGGAGGUGCGCGGCUCUGAGCGGUCACGCUCGUGCUUCCCGGUGAACCGAAUGCCAUCGCCACCGGCUCCCCCCUCACCUGCCCCGGCACCUCCUUCGCCUCCUUCGCCUUCGCCUCCUUCGCCUGCUCCCCCAUCGCCCCCUUCGCCGCAGCCCCCGUCCCCGGCGCCUCCCUCGCCCCCUUCGCCGCAGCCCCCUUCUCCUGCGCCUCCCUCGCCCCCUUCGCCGCAGCCCCCGUCCCCGGCGCCUCCCUUGCCCCCUUCGCCGCAGCCCCCGUCUCCUGCGCCUCCCUCGCCCCCUUCGCCGCAGCCCCCGUCUCCUGCGCCUCCCUCGCCCCCUUCGCCGCAGCCCCCGUCCCCGGCGCCUCCCUCGCCCCCUUCGCCGCAGCCCCCGUCUCCCGCGCCUCCUGUCCCUCCGUCUCCUUCUCCGUCGCCACCGACCCCGCCGCGGCCGCCGUCACCCUCGCCUUCUCCCUCGCCGUCCCCGUCGCCCUCGCCCUCGCGAUCCCCGUCUCCUUCUCCGGCUCCUCGCCCGGGCAACUCUGGAGCCCCGAAGCCGGGCAAUGGCAACGCGGGCCCAAAACCCGGACUCGGAAACUCGGGUGGCCCCAAGCCGGGCAACGGUCGGGGUCGCCGGCUUCUGGCAUAGGCGUGCUGGUCACAGGGCGUUCGAGAGGGUACAUAUAUGAUGUACAUAGAUUGAUUACCGUGUAUGUAACCUUGGUGGAAAUGUGGAAUAAAGCAGCAUGCACAGCCGAGUACGCCACAUAAGAAAGGUGGCUGGCUGGAUGGGUUUGUGAUUGAAAACGCCUGCGUGUCAACACUUUCUGACUGCUGAUGCGGGACACUGUUGUGUAAUGGGGGGAGGCUUCAUCUAGAAACUUUCGAAGCGCGGGGAUACAAUGUUAUCUGAGUGUGACGUAUGAUGUUGAGUGUUUCGCCCUUGGGCCGCUUGACCCCGACAGUGGACACCAGGAGGGGGGUGCUCGUGACAUACACACGCCGCUGCCCCACGGCGCUUCUUGGACAUUGGACAGCGUGGCGUGCGAUGGCAGUGUCUGCGUGCGUCCCAGCUUAUGACUGAAGUUAUGCUGCAAAGUGGAUGACCUCGACUUUGGUGACGUGCAACGUCUGCCUGCGAGACAAAGAGUGCGUUGGCCUUGGCCGUGCGUGUCAAGUCUCGAAGUAGAAGAGGCCCAUGGUCGUCAAACCUCGUUCCGGCAAGCCGCAGUAGUGUGCUGCGGGUUUGACGCGAAUCCUCAAGACGGUUGCUUUAAUCUUCACCGGACCCGUU